ACAUGAAUCUUGAAAGCGACAGCGCUGCCAACACUCGCACGUUGCAAGAAUUUGUUCCAUGAGUCUGUUCCGGAGCCUCCCUGCGCCUUUUGCGCAUUAAACACGCGCCGAAAUUGAAUGAAUCGGCUCGCGAGAAGUUACUCAAUAGUGCAUAUGUUCGAAACAAAAGUGAAACAGGGUAGUAUACCCUGUCCGCCGACGGAAUUAAAUCUGGCUCUCACAUUGCACGGUGGUCAAAGUUUCAGGUGGACGGAUUGUGAUGCUGGAUAUAGAGGAGUAUUUGACGGUUGCGUCUGGACUUUGUCCCAAAACAAAACACAUCUACUGUACGCUGUACAGGGACGAUUAAAGGAUUCUACUGAUUAUGACAAUGUUUUGUCCGAAUACUUGAGCCUAUCGAUUUCGUUGCAGGAACAGUACAAGAGGUGGACAGCAGUGGACAUGUAUUUUCAAAAGUGCUUAAAUGGGAAUAAUGCCGUUCGAAUUUUGCAGCAAGAUGUUGUAGAAACUUUAUUCUCGUUUAUAUGUAGUUCCAAUAAUAAUGUAAUGAGGAUAUCAAGCAUGGUUGAAAAAUUGUGCCUGUUAUUUGGCCAAAAAAUAUGCUCGGUCGAAAAUAAGGAAUAUUAUGAUUUCCCAGCGAUAGAAUCACUGAAAGAGAAGAACACAGAAAAUAUACUGAAGAGAGAGAAAUUUGGCUAUCGUGCUGGAUACAUUGCCAAUGCAGCGGCGCAUCUGUCAAGAUUAGGUGGAAAGAAUUGGCUUCUGAGUUUACAAAGAAAGAAUAAUAUUUCUUAUUGUACAGCUAGAGAACAACUGAUGACUCUGCCAGGAAUUGGUCCUAAAGUUGCCGAUUGCAUAUGUUUGAUGUCAUUGGGGCAUUUGGAUGCUAUACCUGUAGAUACUCAUAUUUUUCAAAUAGCACGGACAAAUUAUUUGCCACAUUUAAAAGAGCAGAAGACGGUCACAUCAAGGAUUCACACUGAGAUCAGUGACUAUUUACGAGAAUUAUGGGGCCCACUGGCUGGAUGGGCGCAGGCUAUUGUAUUUUCUGUUAAAAUCAAUGCCAAAUCCAAGUUGAUUAAGAAACGAAAAUGUACAAAAGAUACAAACAAAAAUUCAGUGUCCCGAAAAACUAAAAAGAUGUAGUUGGGAAUCUUUCAAUU